AUGCGGGUUGCUCAACGUUUGCUCAUGGCCACGCCGGCCUCAAUCGGCUCCAAGUCAAGUCUCAGUGAGGCACUCGCCCUUCUCCCGCCUUUGCAGCUGUACCGACGGAUUCUACGCGUCCACCGCAAGCUCGACCCAGAGAUGCGCGUUUUGGGCGACUCGUAUGUCAAAAAUGAAUUCCGCGCCCACCGAAGUGUCGAAAACCCUUUACACAUUAUCGGAUUUUUGACCGAAUGGCAGCUUUAUGCACAGAAGCUUGAGGGCUCUCAGUGGAAAGGAGAAAAGUUGGACAAGUCCAAGUUGGAUAAAAUGAGUGAUCAACAACUCGGUCAACUGCUUGAACUCAUGGAAGCCCUGAAGAACAAGGAAGAGGAGAAAUAA